UGGAAGGCGGCGGAGUGAGAGUGUAUCAGCGGCUGGUGCCGAGGAGGCGGCGGGGCUGAGUCGGGAUUCGGGCUGAGAUCUGUCCUGGGCCACGCCGGAGCGCCCCAGAGGCCAGCUGUCCCUCUGUAUUGCUAUGGGAAUUCAAGGACUGGCCAAACUGAUUGCCGACGUGGCCCCCAGUGCCAUCCGGGAGAAUGACAUCAAGAGCUACUUUGGCCGCAAGGUGGCUAUCGAUGCCUCCAUGAGCAUUUAUCAGUUCCUAAUAGCUGUUCGCCAAGGGGGGGACGUGCUGCAGAAUGAGGAGGGUGAGACCACCAGCCACCUGGUGGGCAUGUUCUAUCGCACAAUCCGAAUGAUGGAGAACGGCAUCAAGCCCGUGUACAUCUUCGACGGCAAGCCGCCACAGCUCAAGUCAGGGGAGCUGGCCAAACGCAGCGAGCGGCGGGCCGAGGCGGAGAAGCAGCUGCAGCAGGCCCAGGCUGCUGGGGCCGAAGGGGAGGUGGAGAAGUUUACGAAGCGGCUGGUGAAGGUCACCAAGCAGCACAACGACGAGUGCAAGCAUCUCCUGAGCCUCAUGGGCAUCCCGUACCUCGAUGCGCCCAGCGAGGCCGAGGCCAGCUGUGCCGCCCUGGUGAAGGCCGGCAGAGUCUAUGCCGCGGCCACCGAGGACAUGGAUUGCCUGACCUUUGGCAGCCCCGUGCUCAUGCGGCACCUGACUGCUAGCGAGGCCAAGAAGCUGCCCAUCCAGGAGUUCCACCUGAGCCGGAUUCUGCAGGAGCUGGGCCUGAACCAGGAGCAGUUUGUGGAUCUGUGCAUCCUGCUGGGCAGUGACUACUGUGAGACCAUUCGGGGCAUUGGGCCCAAGCGGGCCGUGGACCUCAUCCAGAAGCACAAGAGCAUCGAGGAGAUCGUGCGUCGGCUCGACCCCACCAAAUACCCUGUGCCGGAAAAUUGGCUCCACAAGGAGGCCCAGCAGCUCUUCCUGGAGCCCGAGGUGCUGGACCCGGAAUCUGUGGAGCUGAAGUGGAGCGAGCCAAAUGAAGAAGAGCUCGUCAAGUUCAUGUGUGGUGAAAAGCAGUUCUCCGAGGAGCGAAUCCGCAGCGGGGUCCGGAGGCUGAGCAAGAGCCGCCAGGGCAGCACCCAGGGCCGCCUGGAUGAUUUCUUCAAGGUGACCGGCUCCCUCUCUUCAGCUAAGCGCAAGGAGCCAGAAUCCAAGGGGUCCGCUAAGAAGAAGGCCAAGACUGGGGCAGCAGGGAAGUUCAAAAGGGGGAAAUAAACGGGUUUCCCUUCAUUAUACCUCCUUGACCCCAGAAUAUCUGCCGUGUUGUACCCGCAAGAGCUGGCGCUGGAGAAACCUCCGUGGGGGUGGGGAGGGGCUUGCAUUGCUUCCCUGGCACCACCCUGCUCAGUAGUGCUUUUCCCUUUGUUACUUGAUCCCAUCGCAGGAAGGCCACAGAGGUUUGUUGUUUUCUUCUUUUUUAGCUCAGGUAAGUAUGUCAGGCUGAAGCCGCCUCUCAGGCAAUUUAAUGGACACUGAAUCCAUUGUUACAUGAAAGUGAUAGCAACAAGUUUCGAAGAAGAAAGAGGGAGAUAAAUGGUGGAGACAAAAGACUGGAAAUGAUUUCCUGCCGGGCCAACUGGUGGUUGGUGGGAGGUGACCAGGGGACUAGACUGUGUUCUCUUUGGCUCAGCCUUGACCCACCCUGAAGGGUAGCCAUCAGGAAGAUGCAGUUUUAAACAGAUGGGAAGAGCUGCCGAGAAAUAAGAUAGGCAGAGCCCCUGGGGUUGGCAACAGGGUUUGAUUACCAGCUGUGUGUCCUGAGGUGGGCAGAAACUUGAACUUGCUAUGUACAUAACUCUAGUCUUUACAGUGGUUAUUCAGAGGCAUAAAGUGGUGGUGCUUCACAUGGCCUCUCUGAGGCAGUUAAUUGAGUUGAAACUUUGGGAUAAGAUGCUGGGUUUUUUGCUUUGAAAGAUAUGAGGAGAAGAGUCAAUAAAAUUAUAAAAGUAACCAG